CGUGUAUACACAUGUAUGCAACGCACCCGAGUCUCCAAACAUCCCCUCCAUCACGCCAUCCCGGCCCACAUUGAUGCUACGGCGAUCGACUUCCGCAGCGACUACAAAGGUGCGCUUGCUGCAUCUAAGAACCUGCAAAGAACUUGCGACUAUUGUCUCUCGACACUGAAAAGCAACCAGCUCAUACCGCACCCACCACAGCAUGACGGCCAACGAAACACCCAGCUCCCCGCGAGCCCGCAAGUCCCUCAUCCUCAAUGCCUUUGUCGAGAUGUGCAGCGGCCACCAAUCCCCCGGCCUCUGGCGCCACCCCGAGGACGAAUCGCACCGCUUCAACGAGAUUGAGCACUGGACGGAACUCGCGCAGAUGCUCGAGGCGGCCAAGUUUCACGGGAUCUUCAUUGCUGAUGUUCUUGGCGGCUACGACGUCUACAAAGGCCCGCGUAACCUCGAUCCAGCCAUCGCGUCCGGCGCGCAGUGGCCGGUCAACGAGCCGCUGGCGGUGGUGCCGGCCAUGGCGGCAGUCACCAAAAGCAUCGGGUUCGGAGUGACGGUGGCGACGACAUAUGAGCAGCCGUAUCAUCUGGCACGGCGGUUGUCGACGGUGGAUCAUUUGACGAAGGGGCGUGUUGGCUGGAAUGUCGUGACAGGCUACCUGGACUCCGCAGCACGGAAUUUAGGGCUGAGUGCCCAACCCCAACACGACGACCGCUACGCUCUCGCAGAAGAAUACAUAACCACCACCUACAAACUCUGGGAAUCCUCCUGGCGCACCGACGCCGUACAACUCAACCCAACCACAAAAACCUACACCUCCCCCUCCCUCGUCCGCCCCAUCCACCAUGCCGGCAAAUAUUUCACCGUCCCCGGCCCGCACCUCUGCCAGCCUUCCCCACAGCGCACCCCGGUGAUCCUGCAAGCCGGCACCUCGAAAUCCGGGCAGUUGUUCGCCGCGCAGCACGCAGAGGCGGUCUUCGUCGCGGGCCACUCGCCCAGUACCGUGAAAGCCAACAUCGCGGCCAUCAGAACCCUCGCGGCGGAGAAGUUCGGGCGGGAUGGGCGGGCGAUUAAGUUCCUGGCGUUGUUGUGUCCGGUGCUGGGGCGCACGGAGCAGGAAGCCCGGCGGAAAUUCGAAGAGUAUCAGAGUUAUGGGGAUGUGGAGGGGGCGUUGGCCUUGUUUGGCGGGUGGACGGGGAUUGAUUUGGCGAAGUAUGGAGAGGAGGAGGAGUUGAGGAACGUGGAGAGUAAUGCUAUUCGGUCUGCGGUGGAAGGCUGGUCGAAAGCUACGCCCGAGGUUGCGAAAUGGACGAAAACGACCGUGGGGAAACAUAUCACGGUGGGAGGAUUGGGGGCGACCCCGGUGGGCACCGCAGCGCAGGUGGCGGAUGAAAUGGAGCGAUGGGUCGAAGAGGCGGAUGUCGAUGGGUUUAAUUUGGCAUACGCUAUCAUGCCCGGCUCGUUCAAGGAUAUCAUCGACCUCCUCCUGCCCGAGCUGCGCAGACGCGGGCUCUUCUGGGAGGACUACGCCGUGCCCCGCGGCACAUAUCGCGAGAAUCUCUAUGGCCGGCGCGGGCAGACAGGGCCCCCGGAGGAUCAUCCCGCAGCUCAGUAUCGGUGGCAUGCUGGGGUGUCCGCGGAGGAGCAUCCGAUCCCCGAGUGAGGAGGGUGUGUUCUAGCAUAUGCAGUGGAUGAUAGCUUUUAUCGUACGCGCGGUUAAGAUUAAUCGAAUCUCGUCGACGUGUCGAUUCCCCCCGCUUCUUGUAACAUUAUACCCGCUUUCCCAGCUUCGCACUCGUCUUCACACGGAUCCCCACAGACAACACCGUGGCUGCCAGCGCCAUGAACCCGGCGUAUAGAAUCGCGGGCCGGUACGCCUGGGUCCCUGCCCCCUCGCCCCCAGACGCAUCCAGAAUGUAACCCGCAAUUGGCGAGCCCUAACAGGAAUCAGCAUGAGUCAGCAUAGCUCUUGCGAAUCCAAGUGCAG